AUGGUAAAAUCUACCAAAGAUAUGUUGAACUCAAGUUUUGACAUGAAGGACAUGAGAUUGGCUGAUGUAAUUCUAGGAAUAAAUAUAACAAGGAUGCCAGUUGAACUUAGUUUGAGUCAGCCACGCUAUGUGGACAAGAUUCUUGACAAAUUUGGAAAAAAUGAUUCUGGUGUGUCCAGAACACCAAUUGACAUAAGUCAUCAUCUGUCCAAGAAUAAAGGUGACAGUGUCUCUAAAGCAGAGUAUGCUAGAGUGAUAGGCCAAAGGGAACCUGAAGUCAAAUUCCAUUCCAUUGGAAUCAUCUUUGAUGACUUUGGGGAGAUUAUCACUUCCUUACCUGUUAAUGAAAAUGAAAGAAACAAUGUCCUUUUCACACUCAAAGAGGGGUCUCAUUAUUGGCUUAAGCUAACAUUCAGUGUGUUACACAACAUCGUUUCCGGUCUCAUCUACUCCAACACUGUCUGGAAAUGA